UUCUUACUUCCCAAAGAGCAGCUUCAGAAUGAAGAAUGGAGGAGAGGAGUGAGGAAUCAUUGACGUUCUCUGUCAGGGUCUUCGCUCUGCAGGAGGAGGUGAGGGCCGAGGAGGAGAACAUGGAGACACGUGAGGAGGAGGUGCAGGUCCAGGAAGGGAUGAACAGGGAGCAGCAGGUCAGUGUUUGCAGACAGAGAGCAGAGCAGGAGCUCACACUGCUCCUCACCACAGGACUGGAGACUCAGCUGCUCACUGUGCAGGAUGCCAACAGAGCAUCAGUCUUCCAGUUUACUGUUUCCAAGGAGAUGGACUGCUGCCAGGUCGGACGGCAGUCCUUCCUGGUCUCCUUUGGCAAGUUGAGUUUUCUGCUGCAGUUCAGAACUCCUGCUGAUCUGAAGAACUUCCAGCAGUUACUGAAGAGAGGGGAUGAUGAAGAGACUAAGAAAGGUUGCACAGAAAGAGAUGAGAGGGAAAACAGAGAUUCAGAGAGAGGCAAAACACCUUCUAGGAGACAUCCCCCUAUGUUUGAAUCAAGAACUGAAAAUGCCCCUACCCUGGGUACCUACCAGUUCCACAGCUGUCUGUCCCAGCAGCAGUCUCUGCUUCAAGACUACCUGAGGAUCACCACCUACCAGAGAGCCAUUUUAAACAAUGAGACCGACUUCAGAGACAAGGUGGUUCUGGAUAUAUGUUGUGGUUCUGGUAUUCUGUCCUUCUUUGCAGUCCAGGCAGGAGCCACCAGAGUGUAUGCUGUUGAGGCCAGCCCCAUGGCCAAGUUUACACAGAUCCUGGUCCAGAGUAAUUGUCUGUCUGAGCGGAUCAGGGUCCUAGAAGGGGAGGUGGAGGAGGUCAGCUGUCCUGAUAUGGUGGAUGUCAUUGUCUCUGAGCCAAUGGGAUACAUGCUGCUCAGUGACGGACUCAUGGAGAGAUUCUUGCAUGCCAGGAAAUGGCUCAAGCCCAACGGUCUGAUGUUUCCCUCCUAUGGUGAUAUUCAUCUGGCUCCCUUCAGUGACGAGCAGCUCUACUUUGAACACUACGCACGAGCUAGUUUCUGGCAGCAGAGAAGCUUCUACGGUGUAAACCUGACUGCCCUUCACAGUGUUGCAGUGGAUGAGUUUUUCAAGCAGCCUGUAGUGGACACGUUUGAUGUGCAGGUCCUGAUGGCCAGGUCUGUUAAGCACUGCAUCAACUUCAUGGAGGUUAAAGAAGAAGAUUUUAAAAGAAUAGAGAUUCCCUUUGUGUUUACGCUGCUGCAGUCUGGUCUGGUCCAUGGACUUGCAUUCUGGUUCGAUGUGGCCUAUUUGGGAUCCAAGUCAACAGUGUGGCUCUCCACAGCUCCCACUGAGCCUCUGACCCGCUGGUAUCAGGUCAGGUGUUUGCUUCAGACGCCGCUCUUCGCCAAGCUGGGACAAACUCUGUCUGGGACUGUCCUGCUGAUCGCUAACAGCAGGCAGAGCUAUGACAUCCACAUCACAGCCACAGUCGACCAAUCAGGCUUCAGAUCUGGAAACAUCCUGGACCUCAAAAACCCAUUCUUCAGGUUACUCCUUUUUAUUUUCUCUCUGAUAAUUUUUUUUUUUUUACAGUAACAUAUAUAAAAAAGGUUUUAAUAACAUUUUUUUAUUUUAGUGGACAUCGGGUUAUUAUUCCCCACAAAAAGUACAUUACACGGCAUGAUUUGGUGAUGAUAAGACAAUACAUUCAUUUUUUAUAUUUCAUUUUACUCUCACUCAUUUCAUGACUAUUGGAAACAAAUAAAACAAAUGUUAAAACCUGCUCUGCUGCCUGGCUCUCUUCCUCUCAUCUGCUUUUUUAAAAAGCAAAACUCUCACUCACUGCUCUGUUUGUAUCUAGAAAACGGUUGAAAAUGAGGAGCAAGUCUCACUGCCGCUCACAAAGGACAUGGGUUAAAAUAAAAGACUUAAAAUUAACAUACACAACAAAAAUAUUAAUAUAAUAUAAUUCAAGCUCUCACAAAUAAAAAACAACAUCCUUAUGAAGGAAAGAACCAACAUAUGUUGAUAAAUUUCAACACAUAACUCCUUUAUUGCCGUAAAAGGCAUUUGCUGCAAUGCCAGCCAUUUUGAAAGGAUUUGACUGAGUUACAUCACUAGAAAGUCCAGGAUGUGCUUUUCACAGUACAUUAGGACUCAAAUAAACUGCAUGUAUGGCGUUUGAAAUGAAAUCUUCAGUGUUUAUGUCCCCCACAGUGGACAAAUAUGAAUUACCGAUCUUAGAGGAAAUUGUAUUUAAUAUUGAAAGUGAAUAUUUGACCCCUUUGGUUACCUUUGGAUUACAUAUUAGCAGUCAGACCAGGCUUAUUUAAGUAAAUUAGAAGAUGUGUGACCUAAGUUACUGUGAAAACUGAUCCCUCCAGGCUAACACAGUCCUGGUAAUGUGAGUUUUCCAAGUUCACUUCAGUGUUAUAAUCAAUCUGACUUUACUGCUACACUGAGAGUCACUUUACAGUUCAUGUCAAAUUUAUCACUGAGCUUAAUAAUUAUAAUUUUUCAGUGUCAUUUAAACAAAGCUAAUAAUCAACAGUGACCAUGGCUGUAACCUAAUAGUAAGUUACAUUUUUACCAUUUGUUCUCUUUAAAUGUCACUAAAAUGGAAGAAACAGAGACCCAGAAAUAUGCGUCUGGUUAGAAAGAAAUGAAAUGACAAGUGAAACUGUGAAUCUGA